AUGGUUGAUGCCGUCGACCUAGACUUGUGCUCAUCGUCGGUGCAAGAUGCGUUCGUCAUUGCCGUGGAGCAACAGGCGAGAGAGCGUCUGGAGCGCCUCUCGGCACUCAAGAGGAUCACUCCUGUCGACAUGACCAAACUCUCACAGCAGGCACUUGACUUGGCGCCAGUACGCGCCCUAUUAUGUCUGGAGGAUGCUUACAGAUGA